AAAAAAAAAAAGAGAGAAAGGCUGCAUAAAACGUCACGCACUAUUUAGUUGUCAUACAGGUGUCAGUUGAUGAAUCGUUUCUUCUUUUUCCCUUUCUUUUUUUUUUCUUUACUUCUUGAUCAUGUCUUGUACACAAACAAUUGAAUUGGUUCAACUAAAGCAACGUCCUUUUCAUAAACAAGGAACACAUGAAGAAGACCUGCAUGGCUCUAGUCAAGACCCCUUGGCAUUAGAAAGGAAAAAGAUGGCCGAUGAUUAUAUCAAGAAUUUAAAAAAAUCAAAAUUACAGCAAUUUUAUCAAAAUCAAAAUGAUUUGAUCGACACGAUGCUGACUGCACUUGAUAAGCAAGAUGCAGAAAAGGAACAACAGCAAUUGUUCAAGCUCAAGCUGGCUAUCUACGGUUCUGUUGUAGCCAAUAUUGUGUUGUUUGUACUUCAAUUGGUUGCUGCAGUCACAUCUGGUUCGCUUUCUAUUUUCUCUACUAUGGCAGAUGCAUUUAUGGACCUAUUGAGCUCUGUAGUAUUGAUGUGGGCCACAAAGCAAGCAUCAAAAUCGAAUUUACAAAAGUACCCUGCUGGUAAAUCACGUAUGGAAACGAUAGGGAUUAUUAUUUUUUCUUGUUUGAUGUCUUGCGUUGCUUUGUUCUUGAUAAUUGAAGCAAGUCAGAAAUUAGCAGAUAAGAGUCAUUCCCCUGAUCUCACGGUCAUGGCUAUUGCAUUUGUAUCUGCUGCACUAGCUGUCAAGCUUAUCCUAUAUGUCUAUUGCAAGACAUUGUCUAGUUUUAGCUCUGCCAAAAUAUUGGCUCAAGAUCAUCGUAAUGAUUUGCUUGUGAAUGGUUUAGGUUUAACAACCGGUAUUGUCGGAAGUCGGAUAGCUCCCUGGGUCGAUCCUGCUGGGUCUAUCAUUAUUGCAUUAAUUAUACUUCAAAGUUGGGUCAUCACUCUUUUAGAACAUAUUCCUUUAGUCGUUGGCAAAAGUGCUGAUACACAGUUCUUAAACCUGAUUACCUAUAUUGCCUUAACGCAUCCCGGCGUGGUACAAGUGGAUAACUGUCUUGCAUAUUAUGCUGGUAACAACUUGUUUGUUGAAGUUGAUAUUGUUUUACCUUCUACUAUGGAACUGCGCGAAUCUCAUGACAUUGGAGAAGCACUUCAAAAUAAGCUUGAAUCACUUCCUGAUGUAGAGCGUGCAUUUGUUCAUGCUGACUACGAGACAAUGCAUAAAAGAGAGCAUCAAAAGUCGCAAUAAAAAAGAUUUUGGAGAGGAGUUUAUACUGUUGAUUUAAUCUAAAUUUGGAGAAAAUAAAAACGAUGAUGAAUUAAUGUGGGA